AUGUGACCGGUAGGGUGAGGCAGACAGCGGAGACGUUCAACUGAUUCGUGUGCAAGAACACCACGCGAAGUUUUCAGGAACGAGGAAACGAUGGAGGAGCGGCUUGCCUCCAACAAGAGAGCUCCGAGGAAGCCGAAGCCGCCGCCGAGGCGGACCAAGCCCACCGUCCCCGCCGCACCCACCAGCAGCCCGUCGUUGACCUGCCCGCCACGCCCGCCAGGCGUUCCACCGCCACCUGGGCCUCCUCCGCGGCUGCCUGGAGGCCCUGUCCCGCCGCCGCCGUCUAUGAAAGUGCCCGGCAAGGGCCGUCUGCCUGUGGCUGUGGGCGGCGGCGGCGAAAGAAUGCGCCGCGCGCCCGAGAUCGUGGAGUUCUACCAGUCCCUGACCAGCCGCGGCGAGGCCAGGCAGGCUGGCUCCCGAGGCCCCAAGGCGUCCGGCGGGUCAACGGCUCCCAAGAGCGACUUGAUCGGGGAGAUCACCAAGAACUCCUCUCAUCUCCUUGCCGUUCAAGCCGAUGUGGAGACCCAAGGGGACUUUGUGCGAACCUUGGUCGCCGAAGUCCGGGAUGCGACCUUCGCGAGCAUCGAGGACGUCGUCGCGUUUGUGACAUGGCUCGACGAAGAGCUCUCCUUCCUGGUGGAUGAACAAGCAGUCCUGAAGCACUUCGACUGGCCGGAGAAAAGAGCAGACACAUUGCGAGACGCCGCUGCCAGGUACCAGGGCCUUCUGCAGCUAGAGAAGCAGAUAUCGUCCUUCGUCGAUGACCGCGCGCUCCACCGCGACGCAGCGCUCGGCAAGAUGUACUCCCUCUUUGAGAAAACAGAGAAGAGCGUCCACAAGUUCCUGCAAGAUAGGGAUGCCGCCGACACGAAGAACAAUCUCAUCUCAAGGUACAAGGAGCAAGACAUCCCAGUUGGCUGGAUGUCAGACGCAGGUUUAAUUGUCAAGGUCAAGUUGGCGUGCGUCAACCUCGCAAAGCAGUACAUGACGCGGGUGGUCUCGGAGAUCGAUGGUUUAAGAGGCAUCAACAAAGAUCACACCAGGGAAACAGCACUCUUCAAACGUCUGAAAGAGCAGAACAGUGAAGUGCUGCUCCAUCAGGGUGUCAGGUUCGCGUUCCGGGUUCAUCAGUUUACAGGCGGGUUCACUGCUCAGAGCUUGGGUGCUUUUGAUGAGCUAAAACGACGGCAUAAUGAUGGAACAACUUAACAGCGUGUACAGUGUCACAGUUUUUCGCUUCCAACAUCUCUAAGUAGGGGCUCUUCGAUUCAAAGGAUUGGCAAAAGCAUUUUGGAGGACUCUAACCUUGGGAGUUUUUCCUACGUGUGUUGUUUGAUUCGAAAGAAUACAAUCCAUAUGAUUUUUUCCCCUUA